CUUACAAGAAAAGGAAGUGCACAAAUGAACACAUAUUGGUCCUUCAGAAAAAAGUCCAUGGAAAGAAACCAUUCUUUUCAGCACCAUCCCAAGGCAUUCCAUGUAUUGGGACCUCGCCAUAUUUCUUCUCCCGGUUGGAGAGAACUCAUCAGCUCCAGUUGGAAGGAUGAAAGCUACAAAAGAAUAGUGAUGGCCUGCUUUGUACAAGCAGUAUACUUGCUCGAACUUGACAGGCAAGAAAAUAGGAGCACAGAAACUGCUCUUGCACCACAGUGGUUGACACCUUUUAAGUACAAACUAGUUGAAGUCCUUGUUGAUGAAAGAGAUGGCUCCAUAUUUGCUGCAGUUUUGGAGUGGGAUCAAAUAGCAGCGUUGGCUGAUUUUAUACCCAUAAGACCAACUGGUGCACCAAAGGUUGUAUUAGCCAUCAGAGGAACACUUUUGAGAAACCCCACAAUAAGGAGAGAUAUUGAGGAUGAUCUACGUUACAUAGCAUGGGAAAGUCUUAAAGGAUCCUUCAGUUUUGAUAGGGUUUUAACGGGUAUAAAAUCAAUCAUCAACGUUCAAGGAAGCAAGAAUGUGUCCAUCACAGGGCACUCGUUCGGAGCUGGCUUUGCUCUCGAGGUAUAUAAGGCGUUAGCUGUAGAUGGAACUUAUAUAGAGGCACAUCUUUUCAAUCCACCAUCUGUUUCAUUAACCAUGAGUUUGAGAAUCUUGGGUGGGAAAGCUGGAUUUGUAUGGAAAAAGUUCAAAUUAAUGCUUCCUUCUAACUCACAGAAUCUAGGCAAGAGUGCUGAUGAGGCUGCAGCUGAAGCUACAGAAUCAAGAAUCAGUUCAGAACUUAAACAAAUGCUGCCAAUGCCUCAUUUCUAUGUUAAUACAAGUGACUACAUCUGCUACUACUAUAAUUAGCCGGAUGGAGGACAGAACAAUAUGUUCAAUGGUAAUAAAGAUAAAGAAGCAAAACCUGGAAACAGGCAAACUGGAGUAAAGCUUUUUGUGGUGUCAAAGGGAAAGCAGAAGUUUCUUGAGGCACAUAGGCUGCAGCAAUGGUGGUCUGAUGACUUGGAACUCCAAAUUGCUCUGAAUAAUAGCAUGUUGAUAAGUAGACAGCUCAACUCCUUGUACACCAUUAAUUCAAGCUCCUAAACUUAAACUCAAGGCUAGAGUCUUUAAUUGGAAUUCUCAGCCCUUGACAGUUUUUCUUCAAAUUAUCUUCCAAAAGUGGAUACAGGACAACAAAUGUAUUUCUACCAUUAGGUUCAUAUUGAUAUGGCUUGUGUACUUGCAUUUGGA